GUGGGUGAUCUAUUGUGUUCCUUGCAACCAUUAAGUCUUUCCUCACAGGUUUGUUGCCGGAGUGCAGAAACAAUGCUGUGGAAAGGAGCUGCCUAACCUCCCACAAUGCCUCUUUCUGACUUUGUCUUGGCACUGAAGGACAACCCAUAUUUCGGGGCUGGGUUUGGCCUCGUCGGGGUGGGCACAGUCCUGGCAGCAGCCCGUAAGGGGGCCCAGUUUGGACUAGUGGCUUUCAGGCGCCACUAUAUGAUCACCUUGGAGGUGCCCAGCAAGGAUAAGAGCUACCAAUGGCUGCUGAAUUGGGUCUCCCACCACGCCAAGCAUACGCAGCACCUCAGUGUUGAGACGUCGUACCUGCAGCAUGAAAGUGGGCGUGUCAGCACCAAGUUCGACUUUGUCCCCAGCCUCGGGAAUCAUUUCAUCUGGUACCGCAGGAAGUGGAUUCGCAUCGAGCGCAGCCGGGAGACGCAGAUGCUUGACCUGAACACAGGGACCCCCUGGGAGUCUGUCACCUUCACUGCACUGGGCACUGACCGGGAGAUCUUCUUCAAUAUUCUUCAGGAAGCCCGGGAGCUGGCGCUGCAGCAGCAGGAGGGGAGGACGAUCAUGUACACGGCCGUGGGAGCAGAGUGGCGUCAGUUCGGCUUUCCCCGCCGCCGCCGGCCCCUCAGCUCCGUGGUGCUGGAGGAAGGCGUGUCAGAGAGGCUGGUUCAGGAUGUGAAGGAGUUCAUCAACAACCCCAAGUGGUACAAUGAAAGAGGGAUCCCCUACCGAAGAGGCUACCUGCUUUAUGGUCCUCCUGGAUGUGGGAAAAGCAGCUUCAUCACAGCCUUGGCUGGGGAACUGGAGUACAGUAUCUGCCUGCUGAGCCUCAGUGACCACAGCCUCUCUGAUGACCGCCUCAAUCACCUCCUGAGUGUAGCACCGCAGCAGAGCAUCAUCCUGCUGGAAGAUGUGGACGCUGCCUUCGUCAGCCGGGACCUUGCUGCUGAGAAUCCGGCCGUGUACCAAGGCAUGGGGCGCCUGACCUUCAGUGGUCUCCUCAACGCGCUGGACGGUGUGGCCUCCACAGAAGCCAGGAUUGUCUUCAUGACCACCAACUAUGUGGACAGGCUGGACCCAGCCCUGGUGCGUCCUGGCCGUGUGGAUCUGAAGCAGUACGUGGGCCACUGCUCCCACUGGCAGCUGGCCCGCAUGUUCCAGCGCUUCUACCCCGAGCAGCCCGCGGCUGCAGCCCAGCGCUUCGCCGAGCAGGCGCUGGCGGCCUCCAAACAGAUCAGCGCUGCCCAGGUGCAAGGCCACUUCAUGCUGUACAAGACAGACCCUGAAGGAGCCACUUCAAACAUCAGCUCCAGCCUGCUGUGACCGGAGGCCAGCUUUCCCUUGUGACACUGAGAGGACUGGGACGAGGAUUUGACCAUCCUGGGGAUGCCAUGAAG